AUGUCCGGAGAAGAAGAGACGCGGCCGCUGCUUGACCGGCCUCGAGACGAAAUGGCCAACCCGCCGACGUCCAACCCAGGUGUUGCGGAUGAAAGCGCCGGCGAUGACGCGGCUGCCGUCGCACGACGCGUUCUGCGCAAGAUCGACCGCGCCAUCAUCCCGCUGCUCUUCAUCACGUACAUGCUCAACUUCAUGGACAAGGUGAUUCUCUCCAGCGCCGCCGUAUUCGGCCUCAAAGAAGACACCGUCAGUCCCCCCUCUCCCCCCGCCCCGCGCGCGCUGCUCAUCUCCGCGAACAAACAGCACCUCCACGGCCAGCAAUACAGCUGGGUCGCCAGCGUCUUCUACCUCGGCUACCUCACCUGGUCGUACCCGGCCGCGCUUGUUGUCGCCCGCCUGCCCGUCGGCAAGUACCUCGCCGCCAACACGGCCUUAUGGGGCGCCGCCGUCGCCGCCACCGCCGCCUGCACGUCCUUCGGCGGCCUGCUGGCCGUCCGCAUCCUGCUGGGCGUCGCCGAGGCGAGCAUCGCCCCGGGCUUCAUGUUCGUCACCUCGACGUGGUACACCCGCGACGAGAUGCCCGCGCGCGUCGGCGUCUGGUUCGCGGGCAACUCGGUCGGCGGCCUAGUCUCGAGCCUGCUCGCGUUCGCCGUCGGCCACGUUCACGACGAAGUGCACCCGUGGCGCUGGAUGUACAUCAUCCUCGGCGCGGCGACGUUUCUCUGGACGGUCCCCACGUUCUUCCUACUCCCUGAUUCCAUUUCUACAGCAAAGUUCCUUACUACCGAGGAGCGCGAGGUCGCGACCCGCCGCACCGUCGUCGCCGGCACGGGAAGCACAGAGGGCGCCCGCUUCUCGCGGGAGCAGGUCCGCGAGUGCCUGGUCGACCCCAAGACCUGGCUCAUCGUCUGCAUCGCCGCCCUCGGUCAGAUCCCCAACAGCGGCACGCAGAGCUUCGCCAACAUCAUCGUCAAGUCGUUCCACUUCACCAGCCUGCAGUCCACCCUCGUCAACAUCCCCUACUCGCUCCUCUCCGCGGCCAUCAUCGCCGGCACGGGCUGGCUCGCCGGCCGCCACCGCACGCUCAACUGCAUCCUCAUCGUCGCCGUGGUCCUCCCGUGCGUCGCCGGCGCGGCCGUCAUCUACCGUCGCCGGCAGGUCCCCUCGCGCGGCGCGCAGCUCCUCGCCUACUUCCUACUGUCGCCGGGGCCCGCGUCGAUGCCGCUGAACAUGGCGCUGGUGCAGUCCAACUUCAAGGGCGUGACCAAGAAGAUGACCAUGACGGCGCUGCUGUUCGUCGCGUACUGCGCGGGCAACGUUGCCGGGCCCCAGUUCUUCCGCGAGAGCGAGGCGCCCACGUACGACACGGCGUUUCAGACCAUCAUGAUCUGCUACUCGCUCGUCAUCGUCCUGGCUAUCGUGCUGCGCAUGUACUUGCAGUGGUUCAACGCGCUCAGGUCCAAGAUGGAGGGCGUUCAGGGCAGCUUGGCUACGGCGGGCGCGUUGCCCGAUGCCAAGCUGGGCAGCGACGCGGGUGCCACCGCGGUGCAGCUACAACCCGCAGCGUUCGAGGACAUCACCGAUUGGAAGACUGUUGGGUUCAGGUAUCGAUUAUAA